AUGGCUUCACACGGCGCCGAUGUAACCCGUGUCGGCUUCAUUGGCCUCGGGGCCAUGGGGUUUGGCAUGGCUUGUAAUCUUUUGAAGAAGUCGCAGUACAGGGUCCAAGGUCACGAUGUCUACCCUCCCAGUGCCGAGAAAUUCGUCGCUCAAGGUGGUUCAGCUGGUGCUUCUCCAAGAGAGGUGGCAAAGACCAGCGAUAUCCUUGUUUGCAUGGCCGCCAACGCCCAGCAAAUUGACGACAUACUUUUUCACAAUCAGACGGGUGCUCUUGAGACAUUACCGGAACAUGCGACCGUGCUACUCUGCUCGACAGUGCCGCCAACAUAUCAUGAGACGCUGUCAGAUCGAAUUGCCCAGAAGGGUCGUGGAGACGUGCUUGUCGUAGACAGUCCCGUAUCUGGGGGCACCAAGCGUGCAGCAGAAGGCACUCUCACAAUCUUCGCUUCUGGCACAACAGUAGCCUUGCAGCGAGCGGAUCAAAUCCUUCAUGAUAUGUCAGAGAAGUUGUAUGUCAUCCCCGGCGGACCGGGUGCCGGCAGUAAGGUGAAGAUGGUAAACCAGCUGUUGGUGGGAACGCACAUCGCGGCAGCAUCAGAAGCCAUGGGUCUUGCAGCCAAGGCCGGCUUGAAUACACGUGAAGUGUACAAUAUCAUCACAAACGCUGCAGGCAACUCGUGGGCAUUCGAGAACCGCGUACCGCACAUGCUGGAUGGCGAUUGGACUCCGCUCUCUGCUCUCAACAUCUUUGUCAAAGACAUGGGUAUCGUCGUGUCCACUGCAAGGACUCUGCAAUUCCCAGUACCCCUCGCAUCGACAGCGGAGCAACUUUACAUCUCUGGUGCAGCUCAAGGAUUCGGCACAGACGAUGACGCUGGUCUUGUCCGGGUCUUCCUCCCCGGCACCCCUAACGCGGUCAAAGAGCAGGCUGGUCAACUCAACACGCAAGAAAAGCUUACCCCAAGCAGCACACCUUUGGAGAUCUCAAAGAUUGGCAUGAUCGGCUUGGGAGCGAUGGGCCAGGGCAUGGCGGGCUCCCUUCUCCGCGCAGGCUUCCCCGUUCAUGGCUACGAUGUCUAUGAGCCAGCCGUCGACAAGUUCGCAGCGACAGGAGAGAAGGCCACCAAGUCCAGCAGCCCUGCUGAGGCCGCCAAGGGAGCCGACCUUCUUGUUUUGAUGGUCCAGAACGCUGCCCAGGCAGAUGAUGUCCUGUUCGGAUCAGGCAAGGCCGCGGAGGCCCUUCCAGACAGUGCCAUCGUCAUCUUGAGCUCCACGGUGCCGCCAUCCUUCGUCCGAGAGCUUGAGAGCAAGUUGAACAACCUUGGCAGAGGCAUCAAAUUGAUUGAUGCCCCAGUCAGCGGAGGUGUUGUCCGCGCCGCAAACGGAACUCUUACGAUAAUCUGCUCUGGUGACGAUGCUAUUAUUUCAAAGGUCAACGGGCCCCUCCUAGCCAUGACUGGAACUUCCAGCAACCUCUGCCACGUGCAGGGCGGUGUUGGUGCCGCGUCCUCAGUCAAGCUUAUCAACCAACUGCUCGCCGGUGUUCACAUUGCCGCUGCCGCUGAGGCCAUGGCCUUCGCAGCUCGCCUGGGUCUGGAUACGAGACGCGUUUUCGACCUUCUUGGCAACGCGGCGGCUUGGAGUUGGAUGUUCGAGAACAGAGUGCCUCAGAUGCUCGAUGCCGACUGGACGCCGCACUCUGCCUUGGCCAUUUUUGUGAAAGACCUCGGUAUUGUCCUCGACGAAGCGAAGCGCCUUACUUAUUUCGCGCCGAUUUCAUCCGCUGCCCACACACUGUACCUCUCAGGUGCUGCUCAUGGCUGGUCAAAGGAGUCGGACGCUGGUGUCGUCAGGCUGUGGGAGCUUACGGGCAUCUCUGUAUCGGGCAACGCUGGGCCCAAGGCGGCCGAUGACAAGACAACAGCGGCUCCAGUUGCUGACCAGGAUGAGGCCCUUCCAGCACAGAAAACACUCGAUUCUCUGCCCGCUGAAUAUUCUGGCGACGUCAUCAGUUCGACCCAAAGAGUCGUCAACAAUGGCGAGGUCCCUGUUCUUAUCGCUCUGGAUGAUGACCCGACCGGAACACAGACCUGCCAUGAUAUCGACGUGUUGACUGUCUGGGACCCUGCGACGCUGGAUUACGAGUUUAGUCUCAACCCCAAGGGCUUCUUCAUUCUCACCAACUCGCGUGCUCUGCCUUCUGCAGAAGCUCGGCAGUUAAUCGUUGAGAUUUGCCAGAACGUCAAGAAGGCGGCCGAGAAGGCGGGAAGGACGUUCGAGAUCGUUCUCAGAGGCGACUCGACCCUGCGCGGCCAUCUUCCAGAGGAGCCCGAGGCUGCCGAGGAGGCGCUUGGAAAGUUUGACGCGUGGAUCAUCACUCCGUUCUUCUACCAGGGCGGACGAUACACCAUCAACGACAUCCACUACGUCAAGGAAGGCGACGUUCUAGUCCCCGCAAGCCAAACGCCAUUCGCCCAGGAUGCCACGUUUGGAUACAAAAACUCAAACUUGCGCAAGUAUAUCCUCGAGAAGUGCGGCUCCAGAUUCGAUGAAUCAUCAUUCCUCUCGGUCACACUCGACGACAUUCGACUCGGUGGACCUGAUGGCGUUGCAAAGAAGCUUCUGUCAGCAGCACCUGGAUCCAACACGGUUGUUAUUGUAAACGCGGCUGCUGAGUCCGACAUGCAUGUCUUCGUGGCGGGUUUACUGGAGGCAAACAAGAGUGGAAGGCGGUAUCUGUUCCGCACAGGUGCUGCUUUUGUGUCGUCUCGUUUGGGUAUCACCGGCAUCCCGCCCUUGACCAUGGCCGACUUGGGUGUCUCCGUCACUGGAGAUGUCAAGCAACCGGGUGGAUUGAUUGUCGCAGGCUCGUACGUGCCCAAGACAACGGCGCAGCUCAAAGUCCUUCGGGACCGAAGAGGCGACAAGCUCACAGUGAUUGAGCUGGAUGUCGCCAGCUUGAUCUCAUCUGAGGAGGCAGCGAAUAAUGCUAUCACUGCAGCGGCGGCAGAGACUACGAAGAAAUUGUCUGCUGGUCAAGACGUCCUUGUCAUGACGUCGCGAGAGCUUAUCAAGGGCCAGGAUGCCCUCAGCUCUCUUCAGAUUGGUUCCAAGGUCGCCCGCGCUUUGGUACAACUUGUGGAGAAGAUUGACGUUCGGCCGCGAUACUUGAUUGCCAAGGGGGGCAUCACCUCGUCUGACGCGGCAACAAAGGGAUUGAGGAUGCGUCGAGCCCGUAUCCUGGGCCAAGCUGCUCCGGGCGUGCCGCUCUGGAGGUGUGAUGAGGACACGAGUCGGCAUCGUGGUGUACCAUACGUCGUGUUCCCAGGUAAUGUCGGAAGCGACCAGACGCUUGCCGAGGUUGUUGAGUCGUGGUCGAUUGCAAGCGUUGCAUGA